AUGAUGAAUGCAUGCUUAUCACAGGCAACAGAUCCUACUGGUCAAAUAUUAGUAACGACAAAUGCGCAACAAGCUUUAAUAGACAAAUUGCAAUCGACUGAGACUUUAUCAGGUUCAAAAUCACCUACCAAAGAAAAAAAUCAAUUCACUGAUGACUAUCAUCCGACCGGAUCAUCAUCCGACUCUGGUACGUCAAUAAUCAUAAUGAAAUCAAGACUUAAAAGUAAACAACGAGGCGUACUUUCAUCAUCUAGUAAUGAUAGCGACAAUGAUAGUGAAAUGGUAUCUAAACGAAAAACUGGCCGAAAAAAUAUUCGGAAAAUAAUUCAUGAUAAAGAUUUAAAUGUAAAAACAAAAUAUGCUAUUGAAGAUGAACAUCAGCGUCGAAAACGUUUAGCUAAAAUACAAAAAUUACGCAAUAAUAUUCUACUUAGACAAUCAUCUUUUAUACCAAAUAGUAAAAGUUAUAAUUCAGAAAAGCCAAAUCUUUGUUUAAUACUCGAAUUCGAUAAAAAAACAAAUAAGUCUAUUAUUGAAGUUUCACCAAAAUUAGUUGCACAUCUAAAAAAACACCAAUAUGAUGGAAUAAAAUUUCUAUGGAAUAAUGUCUAUGAAUCAAUUGAUGUAAUAAAAACUAAGCAACAAAAUACAAAUGGUUGUAUUUUAGCUCAUUGUAUGGGUUUAGGAAAAACAUUACAAGUUAUUUGUUUUAUUCAUACUGUUUUUAAUUACACUUUAAAUUGGUCAAAUGAAUUUAACUAUUGGUUGAAAGAUAUUGAACCAUCGAUUAAUCAUUAUCAAUUAACAACAGUUCAACCUGAUUUACGUGGCGAGUAUCUAAAUAAGUGGCAUGAAAAUGGUGGAGUUCUUAUUAUGGGUUAUCAGAUGUAUGUGCGAUUAGUAAAAGGUGUUGGAAUCGAAAAUAAAAAAAUUCAAAAUGAUGCAUAUCAUUGUCUUGUUGAUCCAGGACCGGAUAUUGUUGUUGCCGAUGAAGGUCAUAUUUUAAAAAAUGCUCAAACAUCUAUUGCAAAUUGUUUAUCAAAAAUUAAAACAUCUCGUCGUAUUGUUUUAACUGGAACACCAUUACAAAAUAAUCUUCUUGAAUAUUAUUGUAUGGUAUCAUUUAUUAAACCAAAUUUACUUGGUGAUCAAGCUGAAUAUACAAAUCGUUUCGUUAAUCCAAUUCAAAAUGGUCAAUAUAGUAAUUCAAAUGAACAAGAUGUUUAUUUAAUGAAACAACGUGCUUAUGUUUUGAAUGAACUUUUAACUGGUUUCGUUGAUCGAAAAGAUCACUUAUUACUGAAAGAAUAUAUACCACCGAAAUUUGAAUAUAUCAUUAAUAUACGAUUAAGUAAUUUACAAUCAAGAUUAUAUUAUCUAUACUUACAAGUAAAAGUUGCUCAAAAACAACGUUCACCUGUAUUAAAGAAAGAUUUUAAAUCAGCAAAAUUAUUUGCUGAUUAUCAAUAUUUGCAAAAAAUAUGGACACAUCCAUUUUUACUCUAUCCAUAUUUUAUUAACCGUCGGAAAAAAGGACUCGAGGAUAAUGAUGAUGAUUUAAUCAAUGACAAUGAAUUAGAAGAUAUGUUUAUUGAUAAUAAUGAACUAGAAACUGUUUAUAGUGAUGAUGAAGAAAAUAAGUCCCCAUUGGAAAAUAAAUUGAAUGAAUUUUCAAUGAACAAUAUUCGAAAUGAAGUAGAUGAAUAUAAAUCCCUGGCAUCAGAAACAAGAAAACAUAGAACUUCCACUUCGUCGACAGCAACAAUUGAUUCUAAUUCAACAUCAAAUGAUAGUGAUGAAUAUAUUGAUAUAGGUAAAGAUAAUUCAACGCAAAACAGAUCAUCAUCAACAACUGUUGACUCAAGCAAAACUAAUAUAGAAAAUAAUGAAAAUUCUCCAGAAGGAAUAACUUAUAAUGAUAAUGAAAAAGAAAAUUCUAUUAAACCAUGGUUAGAUAAAAUGCGCAAGCAAUUUUGGUUUUGUUACUUAGAUAGUUUACCCAAUCAAAGUGAAUUUGAUAUAGAAUUAAGUGGAAAAAUAAUAUUAUUAAAAUCAAUUAUUGAUAAAUGCGCUGAAAUCGGCGAUAAACUUCUUGUAUUUUCACGUAGUUUGUAUUCAUUGGAUUAUAUUGAAAAGUUUCUAAAACAUUUACACAUUCAAGAUGAAAAACAAUAUCAAACUCUUUUAUCAGAAAAGAAUAAUCGCAGUAUACCUACAUCAGUACAAUGGGUUUCUGAAAAAGACUAUUUCAGAAUCGAUGGUAAAACAAAAAUUAUAUUAAGAAAAAGUUAUAUAGAAGCAUUUAAUGAUCCAUCGAAUUCACGUGCUCGAUUAUUUCUUAUAUCAACAACAGCUGGUGGUAUUGGAAUUAAUUUAACUGCUAGUAAUCGAAUUAUUGUUUUCGAUGCAAGUUGGAAUCCAUGUAACGAUGCUCAAGCGUUAUUUCGUUCAUAUCGUUUCGGUCAAAAGAAAUCAGUUUACGUCUAUCGAUUUGUAUCGCACGGCACAAUGGAAGAAAAAAUUUAUCAACGACAAGUUGUUAAACAAUCAGUUUCAAAACGUGUGAUUGAUGAUCAUCAAAUAGAUCGGCAUUUUACUUGGAAGGAUAUAAAAGAAUUAUAUGAUUUUCAAUUAGAAGAAUUACCAAAAGCGACUCAAUCGACAUUAACAUAUUCAACAGAGUCAAAUACUGAUCUAAAUCCUCCAGAGCCGGAGGAUCGUCUUUUAUUUGACCUUUUAAAUGAACAUAGACGUUGGAUAUAUUCAUAUCACUCUCAUGAUUCUUUAUUAGAAAAUAAGAUUGACGAGAAUCUCAGUCCUGAAGAACGACGUCAAGCUCUUGAAGAAUAUGAAACUUUAAAACAAUUACCUAUUCAACGUCAAUCAUCUUCUCAAUGUCUUCCGCCACAACGAUCAAAUUCUCUUAUUACAAAUAAUACAGGUGAUUAUCAAUAUUUUUAA